AUGCCCAAUCAAGACACAAAGACGAAGAGCACAGAGAAAGCAACUGAUAAGCAACAAGGGACCGCCAUCAGGGACUAUUCAGAUCUUAAAAGACUUCGGUGCCUGUUGAACGUUCAGUCAAGCAAACAGCAGCUUCCAGCCAUUAACUUUGACAGUGCCCAAAAUAACAUGACAAAGUCUGAGCCGACCAUCAAGACAGGGGGACACAGAGCUCGCAGUCAAUGGCAUGAGUCCACAGAAGCAGUUGAACUUGAAAAUUUUAGUAUAAACUACAAGAAUGAAAGGAAUUUCAGCAAACAUCCACAGCAUCAGUUAUUUCAGGAAAUCUUUAUGGCUCUGGUGAGAAACAGACUCAUAUGCAGAGAGUGGGUUAAUCGUGCUCCAUCCAUUCAUUUUCUGAGAGUGUUAAUUUGUCUGAGGCUGCUAAUGCGGGAUCCAAGUUAUCAGGAAAUACUCCAUAAAUUGGGUGGUAUUGAAGACCUUGCUCAGUACAUGGAGGCCGUGACCGACGAGUACCUGGGCUACGCUGAGGAGCAGCACUGCGUGGACAAGCUGGUCAACAUGACGUAUAUUUUUCAAAAACUCGCUGCUGUGAAAGACCAAAGAGAAUGGGUCACUGCAAGUGGAGCCCACAAGACAUUAGUGAAUUUACUUGGUGCCCGAGACACCAAUGUUCUGCUGGGGACUCUUCUGGCACUGGCUAGCUUAGCCGAGAGUCCUGAGUGUAGGGAGAAGAUCAGUGAACUCAACGUAGUAGAAAAUCUGUUGAUGAUUCUACAUGAAUAUGACUUACUCUCCAAAAGACUCACGGCCGAGCUCCUGCGCCUGCUUUGUGCCGAGCCCCAGGUGAAGGAGCAGGUAAAACUCUAUGAAGGGAUCCCCAUCCUGCUCAGUCUGCUCCAUUCUGACCACUUGAAGCUACUGUGGAGUGUGGUCUGGAUCCUGGUGCAGGUGUGUGAGGACCCGGAGACCAGCGUGGAAAUCCGCAUCUGGGGAGGCAUCAAGCAGCUCCUUCAUAUUUUACAAGGAGACAGAAAUUUUGUUUCUGACCGUUCUUCCAUUGGAAGCCUGUCCAGUGCAAAUGCUGCAGGACGUAUCCAACAGCUUCAUCUGACCGAAGAUUUAAGCCCCGUGGAAAUCCAGGAAAACACUGUCUCUCUCCAAGCAGCCUGCUGUGCUGCCCUCACUGAGCUGGCCCUCAAUGAUACCAAUGCCCACCAAGUGGUUCAGGAAAAUGGUGUAUAUACAAUAGCAAAAUUAAUUUUACCAAAUAAACAAUCAAAUGCAGCAAAAACUAACCUACUACAGUGUUAUGCCUUCAGAACCCUGAGGUUUCUCUUCAGUAUGGAAAGGAACAGGCCACUCUUUAAAAGACUUUUCCCCACCGACCUGUUUGAGACCUUCAUUGACAUAGGACAUUAUGUUCGUGAUAUCGGUGCUUACGAGGACUUGGUAUCACAGUUGAAUUUACUAUUGGAAGAUGAACUGAAGCAAAUUGCUGAGAAUAUUGAAAGCAUCAAUCAGAAGAAAGCACCCUUGAAGUACAUAGGUGACUAUGCUGUGCUGGACCACCUUGGAAGUGGAGCUUUUGGUUGUGUUUAUAAGGUUAGAAAGCGCAGUGGUCAAAAUCUUUUAGCAAUGAAGGAGGUGAAUUUGCACAACCCAGCAUUUGGAAAGGAUAAGAAAGACCGAGACAGCAGUGUGAAGAACAUCGUUUCUGAGUUAACAAUAAUUAAGGAGCAGCUCUAUCAUCCCAAUGUUGUACGUUAUUAUAAAACAUUUUUGGAAAAUGACAGGCUGUAUAUUGUUAUGGAGCUGAUAGAAGGGGCCCCACUCGGAGAGCACUUCAGUUCUUUGAAGGAAAAACAUCACCAUUUCAGCGAAGAGCGACUGUGGAAAAUAUUUAUACAGCUGUGUUUAGCUCUUCGGUACCUACACAAGGAGAAGAGGAUUGUUCACAGAGACCUCACGCCAAACAACAUUAUGCUGGGAGAUAAGGACAAAGUGACAGUUACUGACUUUGGCCUGGCAAAGCAAAAGCAGGAAAGCAGUAAGCUCACGUCUGUGGUGGGAACGAUCCUCUAUUCUUGCCCAGAGGUCCUGAAGAGUGAGCCGUAUGGAGAGAAGGCUGAUGUCUGGGCUGCAGGCUGCAUCCUUUAUCAGAUGGCGACUCUGAGUCCUCCCUUCUGCAGCACCAACAUGCUCUCCUUGGCUACUAAAAUAGUGGAGGCUGUGUAUGAGCCAGUGCCCGAAGGUAUCUACUCUGAAAAAGUGACAGAUACUAUUAGAAGGUGCCUCACUCCUGAUGCAGAAGCCCGUCCAGAUAUUGUAGAAGUUAGUUCCAUGAUAUCCGACGUCAUGAUGAAGUAUUUAGACAGCUUAUCCACAUCCCAGCUAGCCUUGGAGAGAAAACUGGAACGGGAGCGGAGGCGCACACAGAGAUAUUUUAUGGAAGCCAACAGGAAUGCUGUCACGUGUCACCAUGAGCUGGCUCUUCUGUCCCAGGAGACCUUUGAGAAGGCAAGCCUGAGCAGCAGCAGCAGUGGGGCAGCCAGCCUGAAAAGCGAACUUUCAGAGAGCGCAGAGCUCCCUGGAGAGGGCUGCCAUGUCUCCUGUGGGAAGGAGGAGGACAGGCUCUGCGAGGAGGUGCUGUCAGAGGACAACUUCCAGCUGGAGAGUGUGGAGAAAGACCUGUAUUCGGAGCUAGACUACGAGCCGGACGUCUCGGACAACUGUAGCAGCUCCAGUUCAAGCCCCCUAAAGGAGUCUACCUUCAGCAUUUUAAAGAGAAGUUUCAGUGCAUCGGGAAGAGAAAGGCAUUCACAGGCAAGGGACUUCAUUGGUGGACUAGGAUCAAGACCAAGACCAGGGCCACAGAUGAGCACAUUUGUGGUAGAAUCAACAUCUGCAGGCAUUGCUGUAUCGCAGCGGAAGGUGCGGCAGAUCUGCGACCCCAUUCAGCAGAUCCUGAUCCAGCUGCAUAAAGUCAUCUACAUCACGCAGCUCCCUCCAGCACUGCACCAUGAUCUGAAGAGAAGGGUUAUAGAGAGAUUCAAGAAGUCCCUUUUCAGCCAGCAGAGUAAUCCGUGUAACCUGAAAUCUGAAAUUAAGAAGCUGUCUCAGGGCUCUCCGGAACUCAUUGAACAGAACUUUCUUACCUCAGAUUAUCACUUACUUCACCAUUCACGGGCUGCAAACAACUGGUCCCCAAGUGACCCUGCAGGUCCACCCAGAAGCCUUGAAGUGGAAGAGGGAAUCACAUACGAGCAGAUGCAGACUGUGAUUGAAGAAGUCCUAGAGGAAAGUGGCUAUUACAACUUUACAACCAAGAGGUGUCACUCUUUUCCAUGGGGGACCAAGAGCUACACAGCCCAAAGAUGA